AAAUCAAAAAGUAGCCAUGAAAUAUAUCUGGCCAACAGAAAUAUUGGAAUGUUUGUAACAUUUUUCACGAUCACAGCAACUAACGUUGGAGGAGGUUAUAUUAACGGCACAGCCGAGAUGAUGGCAAUGAGUGGACUUGCAAUGACAGUGGCACCGUUUGGUUAUACUCUGUCAUUGUUUAUUGCUGGCAUAUUUUACGCUCCGAAGAUGCGUCGCAGUAACUACGUCACAGUGUUCGACCCGUUCCAGAUCAAAUAUGGACGACGGGUUGGUGGACUCUUAUUCUUUCCUGAGUUGUGUGGCGGCCUCUUCUGGACAGCCGCCAUCUUGUCAGCUCUUGGAACGACAGUUGCCAUCAUACUGGGCAUUAGCGACAUCGUGGCCAUCAUCGUGUCUGCCUGCGUGGCCGUCUUCUACACAUUCCUGGGAGGUCUGCUGUCCGUCGCCUACACCGACGUCAUACAAUUAAUAUUCAUGCUUGCUGGAUUGCUGCUGGCGUUUCCAUUUGCAUUGCAUCAUCCGUCUGUUGACAUGUCUCGGGUCAGCGACACCUGGCGUGGUAAAGUAGAUGUCAGCAAUCUGGGCUCGUACAUUGACAUAUGUUUCAUGGUGGUCUUUGGAGGGAUCCCUUGGCAGAUUUAUUACCAGCGAGUUUUGGCAUGCAGGACGGCUGAAAGUGCGCGCCUCGCUUCUAUCUUUGCUGCCAUCUUCUGUCUGGCCUUGGCUGUUCCACCCGCCACGAUUGGGCUCAUCGGGGCGGCAGCUGACUGGAAUCAGACAUCUUACGACGGACCUAUUCCACUUCCGGAAAGUAAAUACAACGUCAUACUUCCCAUGGUUCUCAACUACCUGUGCCCACUUCCGAUAGCUGUGGUAGGCAUUGGGGUAGUCGCUGCAGCAGUGAUGUCAUCAGCAGACUCGUGUGUGCUAUCAACUGGGACAGUGUUUGCAAAGAAUAUAUACACAGACAUCUUCAGAAGAAAGGCAUCUGACAGAGAACAGAUCUGGGUUAUGCGAAUCGCCAUCGUGAUUGUAGGAAUCGUUGGAACGGGGUUGGCGAUCAAGGCAAACACCAUAUAUGGUCUCUUUAUCCUGUGUUCGGACCUCAUGUACGUCGUCGUCUUCCCCCAGCUGACCUGCGUCCUGUGGUUCGCGCCCUCCAACACGUACGGUUGCAUUCUGGGAUACCUCGUGGCACUGCUAGGCCGAAUACUAUCAGGGGAACCCAUUCUCGGCCUACCGGUGAUAUUAAAAUUCCCGAUGUAUGACGAAACUCUGGGGCAGAGAUUUCCCUUCAGGACUACAACAAUGCUCAUCAGCUUUGCUACGAUAACUGGGGUGUCUCUUUUGACCAACUGUUUGUUUAACAGGGGAAUAGUUCCUCUAAAGUACGAUAUCUUCAAGUGUAUUGGAAAAGAGCCAGCACGACGUAGACAAAUGCAACGCGGUGAAGGCAUUCUGGACAAGAAUUGUGAUGACGGUGUUGGUAUGACACAAACAAACGAUGAAGGCGACAAAAAGGCACCAAUUUUUGACCUGUCAGGCGAUUUGUGAAACAUUAUUUUAAAGGCGCAUUCAUGACUUGAUAAUCAUUGUUAAAUGUUUCGGCUAACAGGUUUUUACAGUUAAAAUGAUACAUAAUUGCAAAUUAUAUGUUCAUAUACUAAAUACGAUAUUUAUGUCAACAUGAAAUAGCCACUAUAUAUAUAGGUUUUCAUUUAUUUUAAAUUUCCCGCGAUAGCUAUCACAGCGCCAUCUAUACCAGACAUAAUGCCAGAAAAAUAUUAUUGUGACUCACCAUGUCAUUUUGAGUCCAAAUGAGGUCAUUUGGGGGCGAUGUCCAAGUAUACGGUAUUAUGGACACUGAGGAGGGACCAAGGCAGACGAGAAUAAUAUAAAAACAUACAUCUACCAUUUACGUUUUCGGUGCAAUCCAUACUUUAAAAGAAAAAAAGAAACAAAAAAGAAACAAAAACACAACUCACAUCACCUCGUCAUUUCUGAUCGGACUGAUUAUUGUUUGUUUGUGUCGUUGUUUUUGUGUGUCGUUCCAGCCAGUGCACCACGACUGGUGUAACAAAGGCCGUGGUAUGUGCUAUCCUGUCUAUGGGAU